GGACGAAUAAGAAAGUAAGUAGAGGCAAGAAGUACAUCGAAGUCUUGAUUUCUUUGGUGCUAUUUGGAGAAGAAAUUAUUUAAAUAUGAUUUCUGCAAGUAGUGCACUACUCCUUUUGUUGGCAUGCAUUGUCACAUACUUUCUUGGUUCACUGCAUGCAAGAAACAGAAAAUCAAACAAGAAGCUUCCACCAGGACCUUCCAUUUUUACUAUCAUGUCACAUGUUCUUGAAUUGUACAACAAACCACAUCAGACACUUGCAAAGUUUGCUAAAUUCUAUGGACCUGUUAUGCGUAUAAAGUUAUGGACUGAAACCACCAUAAUCAUCUCCUCAGUAGAUAUGGCCAAAGAAAUUCUUCAUACUCAUGAUUCACUCUUCUCUGAUAGAUCUUUCCCUGAUAACACAACUACUCACGACCACAACAAUUUUAGUUUGGUUUUCCUCCCAGUUUCACCUCUUUGGCAAGAUCUUAGGAAAAUAUGUCAUCACAAUUUAUUCUCCAACAAGACUCUUGAUGCAAGUCAAGAACUUAGACGUAUGAAGUUGAAAGAUCUUCUGAAUGAUAUGCAUAGAAACAGCUUAACUGGUGAAGCUGUUGAUAUUGGAAGAGCAGCUUUCAAGGCAUGCAUUAAUUUUUUGUCGUACACUUUUGUGUCUCAAGAUUUUGUUGAGUCUUUGGAUGAUGAAUAUAAGGAUAUAGUGUCCACUCUCUUGAAAGCUGUUGGAACACCAAACAUAGCUGAUCAUUUUCCAGUGUUGAAGAUUGUUGAUCCACAAGGGAUUAGAAGGCACACUUCUAAUUAUGUUUCAAAGGUGUUUCAUGCCUUAGACAUCUUAAUUGACCAACGAAUGAAGCUGAGACAAUCUCAACAUUAUGUCUCAAAUAAUGACAUGUUAGACAUUUUGCUGGAUAUUUCCAAAGAAGAUAGUCGAAAGAUGGAUAAAAAUCAGAUUAAACAUCUAAUACUUGAUCUUCUUGUGGCGGGAACAGAGACAACAGCAAAUGGAUUAGAAAGGGCAAUGAGUGAAUUAGUACACAAUCCAGAGAUUAUGUCAAAAGCAAAAAAAGAAUUAGAGGAAAUAAUUGGAAUAGGAAAUCCAGUUGAGGAAUCAGACAUAGCAAAACUUCCUUACUUAAAUGCAGUGGUGAAAGAGAGUUUGCGUUUACAUCCACCAGCUCCACUUUUGCUUCCUCGAAAAGCAACAGAAAAUGUGGAAAUAGCAGGGUACAGAAUUCCAAAAGGAGCACAAGUUCUGAUAAAUGAAUGGGCAAUUGGAAGAUCAAACAUAUGGGAAGAUGCUCAUUUAUUUUCACCAGAAAGAUUUAUUGGAUCUGAAAUAGAUGUAAAAGGUCGACACUUUAAGCUUACUCCAUUUGGAAGUGGUAGACGUAUAUGUCCUGGUUCUCCUUUGGCUGUUAGAAUGUUGCAUUUGAUGUUGGGUUCCUUAAUCAAUUCUUUUGAUUGGAAACUUGAAAAUUCUAUGGAACCAAAGGAUAUGGAUUUAGACAAAUCCCUAAGAGCUAUUCCAAUUGCACUGAACAACAUUAAGUAACCAUUGUAUUAUCUACCUUCAAAUUUGGUUUAUGGAUAUGGCUUUAGGUGGAGUAGUGUGUAUCUUUAUCUAAUUUUUCUAUUUUAUGAAUUUAAUGUUGUUAUAGUCUAAGUAUCUAUUUGAGUAUUCAAGUCUAUGGGGUAUCAGCUUAAAAUAAUGGCAAUGGUAAAUUGAUAUUGUUUGUAUACU